AUGUUGUUCACUCAGCUUAUCGCUCCCCUCGCUACUCUGAUGGCUGCCACCACACAGGCCAUGCCACUAAAAGAACCAGUGAUGUAUCCCGGCAAUGCCUACAUACUCUUCGCUGGCGGAAACACGUGCGGGUUCCCAUACAUGGCGUGGGCAUACAUGGUGGAAGAAAAGGGGUGUUUUAACAGCCCGUAUCCCGGCUCCAUGGGAGCCGUCAGAAUGGCAUCAAACACUUUCUCAAGGCCUCUAAGGCUUUAUGCCAAUUUCGACUGCAACGCGACCGAGACUGAGCGAGGCAGUUACUUCGAUAUUGAAGCAGGAAAAACUGAUUGCUACUACGCAAAUGUUAGUUCGUGGCAUUACUUGUAG